AUGACUACAGAAUUAGAACAAACAGUUCGUAAGCUUGCAACUUUAAAACCUCAAGUAAAGGGAGGUUUGGAUCAGGCCGGUGCCCUUCAAUUACCUGAAUCGACUAAGGUGAGAUUCGAGAAAUAUGGGGUAGACUACGCCAGAGGAUACCCUGAAAUCCCUGUUACUGAAAAGAUCCCUAUCUUCGUAGACGAAGCGGAACAGUUCAGAAACGAACUCUUUGAAGUCGAUGAUAGGGGUAAAUAUGCCGAUCCAGAGAAGAAGGCCCUCUUUGGUGCAGCAAAGGAAGUUAAGCACUUAACUAAGCACAUCGGUACUGAAAUAGUCGGUUUGCAAUUAAGCGAAUUGAACGAUAAGCAAAAGGACGAAUUGGCUCUCUUGAUUGCUGAAAGAGUGGUUGUGUAUUUCAGAGACCAAGACCUUGAUCCAAGGAAACAACUCGAAUUGGGUAAGUACUUUGGACCGGUCGAGAUCCACCCCCAAGCCCCAAGAGUACCUGUGGGAGAAGGUGGUAUUAGCGUUAUUUGGAUGGAUUUAGCAAAGUCCAAAGGUUUAGAUCUUUCCUUCAAGAGGGGUGGAGGAACAGCACAUUGGCACACCGAUUUGACCCACGAGCUUCAACCUCCAGGUAUCACUCACUUGCACAACGAUGCAAUCCCCGAUGUUGGAGGUGAUACUGUUUGGGUUUCUGGGUAUGCAGCAUUUGACAAGUUGUCCCCUUCUCUCCAAAAGUUUUUAGAGGGUAAGAAGGCAACCUACAGAUCUCUCCAUACUUACUUAGACCGCGAGAAUCCAUUGAAGGGUAGAAAGCCUGUAGUUAGAGAACAUCCAAUUAUUAGAACACAUCCUGUAACUGGGUGGAAAUCCUUGUUUAUUAACAGAGCAUACACAACUGGAAUUGUCGGCUUGGAAGCAGAGGAAAGCAAGGUUAUUUUGGAGUAUUUGUUCUCCGUUUUUGAAAAGAACUUGGAUAUUCAAGUGAGAUUCAACUGGAAACCAAGUAAGAAGGGAUUGGGUACUUCUGCUCUUUGGGACAAUAGAAUUUCCCAGCAUUAUGCUGUGUGGGAUCAUGAAGGUUUGGAACCUAGACAUGGAACGAGAGUGAGUACAUUGGCUGAGGUACCAUACUUAGAUCCUAAUUCCAAGUCCCAAAGGGAAUCAUUAGGCUUAUCCUUGGACUAA